CGGGUAGAAGAAAUAAAAUAUUCAAGACUGAAGGAAGACAUAUUUGUGUUUUCAAAUCUUUAUUCUUAAUAUAAAACACAGCAAUUAAUUAAAAACUGUUUGAAUAUAAACUCUUGUUGAAAGUUUAAAGUGAAAUCAUGGCUGUCCCAGGUAAAAAAGCCACCAAACAAUUUUCAUCUUCAACAACUUCUAUGGGUUCUGAUGAAGAUCUCAAAGUGUACUGUCAGCCAUGUGAUCGAGAUGGACCUAGACUUCCUGCCCAUGGCUAUUGCACAAACUGUGCAGAGCAUUUGUGUGAAACAUGCUUUACCCUCCACAGGAGACACACAUUGUCAAGACACCAUACUUUACUAGACAAAACCAACAUGCCUCAGACUCUGUCACCUGCAACACCAAGACAACCAGAUAACUUCACAAAACCAUGUCCUAAACACAACAUUGAGAUGAUCAAGUUUUACUGCCAUGAUCAUAAGGCUCUACUUUGUAGUGUUUGUGUUACACUUGAGCAUACAGCAACAUCUUGCAAAGUCAACUAUAUACCGGACAUUUCAGGCCAGACCAUCAAUGGCACAGAAUAUCAGGACGUUUUGAAGGAAUUAAACAACAUGGCUGAGAGAUCAAGCAAAAUACUUCAAAACAUGAAGAAACUGAAUGAGGUAUCAAACAAGUCUUUGACAGAAGCAUUGACAGGCAUAUUGAAAUUCCGAAAAGAAAUUAACCAAAGACUAGAUGAAUUGGAAAGACAUGUUAAGGAGGCUGCAAAAGUCAUCCAAGAGGACAAUAGCAAGAAUCUGAAGACUGUAGAAACAGCAUGUGGAGAUGUACUUAAAUCAUUAAAGUCAUCCUCUGAUGUCAUUAAACAUCUCAACACUUCCAAACAAGCCAAUGAUUUGUUCAUGGAACUAAAACAUGCAGAACAGAUGAUAAAAGAUUAUGAACAGAGUGUUUCUAAGCUCUCAGAAUAUGAAGUCAAAGAGUAUAAAUUUGAACCAAAUGAGGCAAUAUCAAAUCUUCUUGCGAAAGAAAAGCAACUGGGGACACUGAAAGGUAGGCUAUUAUCCCCUGCUUUGAGGUCCAGACAAUGUUUACAUGUGGAUAAAAUCGGUAUCAAAACAUCACAAGACGGAAAUCAUUGCUUUAUAACAGGAAUGACUCUCCAUACUCCUGAUCUUCUUAUCAUCACAGAUUAUGCAAACAUGGCCAUUAAAAUAGUUGAUAUCAGUAUAAAGUCUGUACAAGCUCGGCAUAACUUUGAUAGUGAACCUUAUGAUGUCACAACAGUUACACAAAAUGAAGUUGCUGUCACAUUGCCAUUUCGUAAAACUAUUCAGUUCUUUUCUGUUUCUAGAAAAAAUCUCCAGAAGAAGCACACUCUACAGGUUGACGGAAAAUGUUUUGGUAUAAGCUGUCAUAAAGAUAAAAUGGUGGUGUCAUAUCUCAAUCCAGCUAAAAUUCAAAUCCUUCUUAUCAAUGGCACUGUAUUACAGACAAUACAAGAUGAAAAUAUUUUAAAAAAUCCAAACAAUAUUACAACAAGUGACAAUUAUAUCUUUGUAUCUGAUUAUUUAUUAAAAACAGUUGCCAAGUUAAACUGGCAGUGUGAGGUGACAGGUAAAUAUGUUUGUACAGCCGGUCCACAAGGCUUGACAAUGUCAGACGAUGGGACUGUGUUUGUUUGUAUAGACAACAAUACCAUAGAAGAGAUAUCAGGAGACUGUAGUGAAGGACAAGUUGUUGUAAAGGAUAUAGAAUACCCUCAAGCUGUCUACUGGUCUGCUGAAACAUGUACAUUGUACACAAGCAGCAGGGUUACUCCAGAAUGUGACUUUAUAAAACUCUUCAAACUGUCUAAAUAAUGAAAGAAAUUUUUCUUCAGAGACAGACACGAUAUUAACAAACAUAAAGGCAUUAACUUUUGUAUGAUAGAUGGUGCUUAUUAUUGGUACUGAUUAAGAACUAGUGACUGUUUUAUUUAUAGUAACUCUGUAAACAAUAAACUAUUUCUUUAUUUCUGUAAACAAUAAACUAUUUCUUUAUUUCUGUAAACAAUAAACUAUUUCUCACUGGAAACAAUUACAAUAUUAAAGUUUCCAUCAUCCAGAUUGGUAAAGCAUAAACACCCUUGGUGAGCUUAUAACAAGCUUAUAGCAACAGCGAGCCACCAUCAUUUAACAUACUUGCACACAAGUAGUUUCAGCUAUCUUACAUAAAUUUGAACUGUGACAGUUGUUGUCUAAAUGUUGUUUUUUUUUACUGCUUUUUUGUUUUUGUUUUUUGGGUUUUUUUUUUGUUAAAAACUUUUACUUCACAAACUGGUGUAUCUUUUCACUUCUGGACUAGUGGCUUAAACAAUCCAUUGUCACAAUAUACAUUCAGAGAAUAAACUAAU